GCAUUUAGGCAACGCCGACCUGAGGACCUACCCGACAACGUACUAGCUGUCCAAUUGUUGGAGAACGAGGACGUCCUCGUCCUCGACGACGCACCACUCUGCAAAAUGCCUAAGAUCGAGGACCUAGAGCUGGAGCAGCUACAGCGGGGCGCUGACGCGGGGAGAAGGGUGGUGGAGAUGCUGCGGCUGAUGGUGCCUCGAGCGGUCGAAACGCUGAACCGCCAGCUAGAGUCGUCGGUCGCCUGGCUUGGACAAGUGGAGGAGGCCCUGAAGAGGCGGGUGCAGCGGGAGGCGGCCGGCGAUGUGGGCACCACGUCGGACGUCGUCGUGGAGGAGCCGCUGCAGCUGGCGGAGCAGCUGAAGGCCAUCCACCACCUGCUUACCUCCAUCUCCAACAAGUGCACCUUCGCUUCCGAAGAGGAGGGUGGGUCCGCCUGGACGGCCUCUGCGCAGUCCGGCGGGUGCGGCGACAACUUAUUGCGCCUUCUCUUGCUGCAGCUGUGGGACGAUGGCGUACUGGGGAAGGUUCACGACGACAUCGUCAUCACCGCUCCUGCUGUCACCCGUGCUGCGGCUUACGUAGGGCCACCCCUUAUCUCCGUCCUAAGGAUAAAUAAUGAACACCUCGAGAAUGGUCGCCUAAAAGUGAAUGACAUUCUUCGUGACAUCCCGCAGAAAUGCUCAAUCCCUCGCAGCCUGAAGGCGUUAAGGGGCGGCGGCUCUGAGGACCUGCUGCGGGUCAUGGGGCCGCACCUCGAGGAGCUGGAGAUCUCGGGAGAGGUUCAGCCCAGCGUCAUGGAGGAGGUGCAGAAACUGUCGGCACUCAGAAGACUGAAAGUUCAAUGCGCUAAGGAAGUGGACUUCCCGGACCUUCCGUUACAGCUGGAGGAGCUCCACAUUGAUCGAAUCACGGAGAAUCAGCUGCGUUGUUUGGAGCACAUGCCCAGGCUGCGUAGCUUGCUGGUGUAUAAUUACCAUGGUCCAAAUCUGACAUUCCCUCCCUCGCAGCAUAGCAGGUUGCUGUGGCUCAGCGUGUGCUUCAAUACUCUGCACAAGUCUACUAUGCUGUCUUUGAUUCGUGCCCAUGCCUCAUCGAUACAGGAGCUCCAUGUGUACAGUUUCAGUACCUUCUCUACUGAAAACCAGAAUUUUUACUUCCCCGAUCUGGGCCAGGAGCUGGCGGCCUGCGGCCUGCGGGCGCUGCGACGGCUC